UUACAGGAAGGACGAAUAAACGAAGAGAGAAGAGUUCGGCUUGGGGUUUGAGUUGUUUGUGCAAUAAUGAGCAUUAAAUACUGAGUGUGUGGUUUUUAUUUUAUUGUCCCGUUAUUUCACGCCGGGUCGGUGUAUAUUUUUGAAACUCCAGCCUGUGUGUUAUUUUGUUCUUCAGAGGAGCUGAACUGCACUGAGAAUGAACAGACAGCUGAGGACAUGUCUCGGUUGGUUGUUGAGGACUGAUUUGUCCUCCAGCAGGACUUCCUGUCUGUGUCCUUCCACAUGCGCUGCACCGCUCCGCUCUCAGUCCACGGCCGUGAAAACGCGCUCGUACCUGCAGUACGUUAAAAGGAAACUCCUCGCACCCAGAGCCCCUCCGUACAGCCGCGUGUGUCAGGUGGGAGAUCCGGUGCUGCGCUGCAGAGCUGCAGAUGUGGAGCCGGCAGCUGUGCAGGGAGCGGAAGUGCAGCGCGUGGUUCGCACCAUGGUAACGGUGAUGCGCAGGCUGCGGUGUGUGGGGCUGAGCGCGCCGCAGGUCGGAGUGGCUCUGCGCAUCGUCGCUGUGGAGUAUCCGGAGGAGCUGCUGCGGGAGAGCGCUCCAGCCGCCAUCGCGGCCCGCGGGCUGCGCUCAGUGCCCCUCAAGGUGUUCAUUAACCCGCAGCUCCGCGUGUUAAACGGACGCACUGUCAGCUUCCCGGAGGCCUGUGAGAGCAUCUCGGGCUUCUCGGCUUCUGUCCCGCGCUACAUCUCGGUAGAGGUCUCAGGACUGAAUGAAAAAGCCGAGCCCGUCACCUGGCAAGCAAGUGGCUGGCCAGCAAGGAUACUGCAGCAUGAGAUGGAUCACCUUGAUGGAAUUCUUUAUGUCGACCGUAUGGACAGUAAAACGUUUAUUAAUGUCAACUGGGAAGAAUACAACGAAUAGCAGUUCUGCAUUAAAAAAAUGUACAUUUGUUCAAAA